AUGACAGAGGAGAAGUGUCCCAAAGUGGAGCGGUAUGUUGGUGAAAUUAAAGGUGGCCUGAGACCAGCCAUGAAACUCACAGUCAUAGGAAUGGUACACUCCAACCCCAAGAGCUUUACAGUGACUCUGCUCUGUGAUCCAGUGGAUACAAACAAAGAUGUUGGGCUGUUAUUUACAGUUAACUUUAGUGACAAAUCCAUCACCCGAAAUGCACGAAUUGCUGGGAAAUGGGGAAGAGAAGAGAGGACCAUUCCCUACUUUCCAUUUACAGCAGGUGACACAUUUAAGAUGGAGCUCUUAUGUGAACACCAGCAAAUACGAGUCCUGCUUGAUGGACGGCAGCUCUGUGACUUCACUCACCGCCUUCAGCCUCUGAACUUGGUGAAAGCUUUGCAGAUCACAGGGGACAUCAAGCUUACCAAAGUGGCUUGAAAAAAAAAUCCAUAAUAUCGCCAGAGGACAGAGGCAAAUGUACUUUCUCCUGUCUGAGAAAUGUUUUAUCUUUUUCCCCUGGCUGAUUUGGAGAGUGGGAACUAUAUAUUUUUCAUUUGCUGAUGUGUUUGAAACAUAUACUUUUUUUUUUUCCUC